AUGUAUGCGGACGUUAGUGUUUACAGUUCGGUCAGAAUUUUGAAGUUGAUCAACUGUGUUACAUGUUUUUGGUCUAAGCGAUUGUUGAAGAAACCCAGGUCAAUCAAGUUUUUUGAUUCCACUCGAUUGACGUAUUCUGUAUACAUUGACAUUUUGAAGGUCUAUGAAGCGUUUACAUGUGUGUUUAAGAUGUCGAUAUUUUUACAAGUCACGGACUAUUUUAUACGAACUCUUAUUUACAUACAAAUUUAUAUUGAAAUUGAUAAUAUUCAUAUCAAUGAUCCUAUUAUUAAGGACGUAGUGUUAUCUUUCGAAGUUUUCUUCUUCGCAUGGAACAUAAAAAACCUGCUAAACAUUGUCAGCUUUGUCAAGGAAUGCGAAACUAUGUAUCAAACUAUUCUUGAUAUUGACAAUUUUUGCACGACGCGAUUGUCACAGGAAUUACCUAUGGAAGAAUCCAAGUUGUACAAUAACAUUAAACGAUUAAACCAAACACAAUUCAAGAAGAUGUCGGUAUACGGUGUGUUCGUUAUGGAUGCUGGACUCCCCGUGGGACUGGUGCAAUUGCUUACUACUUAUGUCAUUGUGAUACUACAGUUUGCGUUGACAUAA